AUGCUGAUAGAAGACAUCUGGAAGUUUCACCGCAUUCUCAUGGUGUCUCGGUUUUGGGUGUGCAAAGUAGAUGGAUACUUGAUCACAGCGCUUUGGCAGCCCAUGAACGACGACGGACUGCUCAUCAAUCCAACAUAUGAAUUCAUUGAUUGUGUCGAAAAGCUCAGACCGUGGGCUGGCUUCCACGAUAUUCUCGAAAGGCUUUUACCGCAGCUUGUCGGAAGGACUAAUCUAGCGUUCCCCAACCUUGAUGACCCAAUCCACACAAUCUUCAAAGUGGCCAUCGCACAACAGUACGGACAGCAACUUAGCCGACACCGAGAAUUCCGUGACCCUCUGAAAAGUGACGAAGAAAGGAGGGACCUCAUAUCAAAUGAAAUCGAAUGUUUUCGAGUGAUUAUGGACAUCAUUCAUGAGCUGUCGCUAAUAAUAAACAUCAUCGAGGAGCAGCAGGACUUUACCUUUGCGCAGGCUAAACGAUUGAACUUUUCGUUUGGGACCCUGUCAGAAGUGGGAUCGUUUAGAGAGCAAGUGGUUUCCAGCAUGAGCAGAUUUAAGGCUCUUAGAGAUCGUGCAGGCAUCGCCAAAUCAUCUACUGAAAGCCUACUGGAUAUCAAAAUGAAACAGGAAAAUCUUGAACAAGCUACCAACAUCCGCAAGCUCACGGGGAACAUCAGUAGCCUUGUGGCGGAGGCGGACCAGCGAGCCCGCGAAUCUGAGCGGGCGCAGACCAUGCUCUUCGUCUUCACAAUUGUUACGGUCAUCUUUACGCCCCUCUCAUUUGUCGCGGCUUUCUUCGCCAUCCCCAGCCGGGAAUUCCCUCAGAUAGGAGAGGGCAUUAGCUGGUCUAAGGCACAAAUUGGCUGGGGUCUAGCUGAUAUCGCGGGCACUUCUACAGGAAUUUCUGAGCAAUAUGUUCUCAUGGAUCUCAUGGCAGCGCUUGCGGGGAGGACGUAG